CCCAAGCAGGAAAGCACGUGCAGAAUGCGGAAGCGCGCGCUCACCUGAGCGGCUACGGUGUGCGCGUGCGGUGGUGAAUCGCAGUAGUAGUAGUGCUGGCUGUACAGCGGCGCGCGCGGAGACGCUGACGGUUAUAUAGAUGAUGUGGUCGGUGGUCUCGUACCUGAGCAGCUCGGAACUGGUGGCCGGUUUCCAGCGCGCUUGCGGGUUGUUUCCGGCUCCACGCGCCACUCACGUGCGGAGCACGAAGACCCACCGCCUCGCGAACGGAACGUUACCGACUGGUCAAGACGGUGAGAACGCGGAGAACGGAUUCACGUGCGACGCCUCCGGGUCUCAUUUCCAGGUGAGGAACUGGCCGCUGUACUUCCUGUUUGUGGUAUCUGCCAAUCUGGGCAAUGAAGUGUUCUACAUCUCCUUCCUGCCCUUCAUCCACUGGAACCUGGAUCCUUUUCUGUGCCGCCGCCUGGUCAACAUGUGGGCUGUGGUGAUGUAUAUAGGACAGGUGAUGAAGGACAAAUUAAAGAUCCCUCGCCCCUCGUCGCCCCCUGUGGUAAAAUUAGAGCAGCGUAUUGAGUUUGGGAUGCCUUCAACUCACGCCAUGGCUGCCACAGCCAUCGCCUUCACAUUGUUGCUGAGCGCACCGGAGAGAGUGAAGUUUCAGUUUGAGUUUGGUUUGGUGGCAGCUGUGGUCCUUUCGUCCCUCGUGAGUCUCAGUCGUCUUUACACCGGCAUGCACUCAGCCCUGGAUGUGAUCUGUGGGACUCUCAUAUCUGCCUUCGUUCUGGUCGUGUCCUACCCUCACUGGGACAGUUUGGACUUCUUCCAGCUCAACAGCCCUCUGUCUCCUGCCAUCUCACUGUUUCUGCCCCUCAUCCUGUGCUACAAAUACCCUGAGCUGGACCACUACAGUGCUACGAGGGCGGACACCACUAUAAUCCUGGGCGCCAGUGCCGGCUGUUCCGUCGGCUACUGGUUCAAUCAGCGGCUCGGUGUGACCUUUGAACCCUCGGGGCCCUUCCCGGUGACCCUGCCUCCCAUGACCCCAGCGAUCUUUAUCGUCGGAGCUUUGCGGUCCUGCGUGGGGCUUUUGAUCCUGUUGCUGACGCGGCAGGUGAUGAAGUGGAUCGCACUGAGGCUGCUGUGCUUGCAUUACAGAGUAGCGGUUAACGACGUCAACGCUCACAGGAGGAAGGAAAUCGAAGUGCCGUUAAAGUUCCUCACGUAUCUGGCGAUCGGGUUGGUCAACAGCGUGGUGGUGUGUCGGGUUUUUACCCUCGUGGGGCUGCUGUGACUGUGCUAAUGCUAACGAUAUCACGACAUGGUAGAACUGAAAGAUUAUAAGAUGAAUCGAGAAAAAAAAAAGCACAACUUCUUGACGGUUAGCAAAUUAGCAGUACAGGAGAUGCUAUAUAGAUCAACACAGACUGACAGAAGGACACGGGGACAUUAACGGGGACAAAUCCUCUCAGUAUCUUACAUCUGAGUAUCUAAGGUUAGAACGUUUCACAGAGAACACAGCCAAGUCUAGCUAGCGUUCCAGCAUCAGGUUAAACGCUGCAUGUUAACGUUAACACAUUAGCGCACAACCUCGUGCCACAUGAACCCUCAUCGCUCUGCUGUAUGACGUGUCCCAAAUCACAGGCACUCUUCAGUAGGUUUGGUAAAAACCACCACAGGAUUAGAACACGCUUCAACUAAUUAAUUAAUUAAAGUCUUAUUUUUGUUCAGUCGCAAUGUUAUUUAUUUCAUCCUGAAGAUGAGCAGAUGAUUUGUUUUUUUUUUAUGCUCUGAGGUUUGUGCAGUAAAAGCGACUCUGUUUACGACUCUGCUAGCGAGCUGCUAACAGGAAUGAAUAAACGAGCAAGUGAAGAAC